GGGCCUGAACUAUCUGAAAGCAUGAGCCAAAAUAAGUCCUUCCUCCCUUAAAUUGUUUAUAUCAGGUGUUCUCAUUACACUAAGGAGACUAUCAGACACAAUGAUAUAUACACAAUAGAAUGAGUCAAUCAGGAUAGUUAACCCUGCCGUCCCCCUAUUUGAUUAUGAUUUCAAGUUGACCUGUAACUUUUACCCUUUACCCAUCGGCUCUUCAUCUUUCCCUAGCACCUAGCCUCCUGAACUCACAUUCUGUUUUCUGCUUUUAUGACUUCAGCUGAUUUAGAUGGACAGUUGAGGUCAUGUGGUGUCUAAUUUUUAUGUGUCCUGCUUGUCUCAUCUAGAAUAAUCUCUUUUAAAGGCUCAAUAGCAUGCCACUGUGGAUAUAUAACUACAUUUUCCCUCUUCAUCCAUGUGUUCAUUGAUGGACACUUAGGGCGAUUCCCUGGCUUAGCACUGAAAUAAAGCUGUAAUGAAUGUUAAGAGUGUGGCUACGUCCUCAACAUUCUGACUUCAAGUCCUUAGGAUAGUGGGGACUGCACCUUCAUAGCUCAGUGGGAGGAUGCUAGGCUGGUAUGCACAAGGCUCUGGUUUCGAUCACAAAACCAAAACAAAACAAAAUAUCCUAACCAUUGUUUCUAAGUGCAGGCCCAUUACUGUGGCUCAUUCUUGCUAAGAAAUAGUCGUUUCUUUGACUCUACCUGAAUUCUACCCAAAGGACCACUUAAGGGAGCAGGACAAAGGGGAAGCAGGUGGCAUAAGCCUGGUCUGUGAAAACUUCCCAAAAAAACCAAAUUUGUUUCAGAGCUUUGGGUCUGCAUGCUGUAAUGACAGAACUGUUGUUUGCUCCAUCUACUCAAAAGAUUUUACCAAAAGAGAAGGGAAUAAAAAUGGAAAUCCCAUCUCAUUUACAUUAGGAUUGAGACAUAUCUGGGUACAUUCAGUCUUCCUGCAGCUCUGUUUUACUCAGUAUUCUGCAUUCACCAUGGACUCCACCCAUGACCAGUCAAGCAGGACUGUGUUGCAUCAAGCCUAUUCCAGUUUAUUAGGCCAGUUUCAGUCUAGAAUCUCACUGUUAAUGACUCUCUCUAUACAAUUAGGGGUGAGGAUUGUCAUAAUUCUUUCAAUGACAACACUUCUGCACAACUCUGUAAUGCAUGUAUUUUCAGUUCUAUCCCCAAGAGUACUUCUGGGACUAGGAUGUCUGCUAUAGAGUAGGUAUUUGACUUAACUAAGUUACUAGUUUCUGAAAACAAAAAUGAAUCCAUAAGUGAAUGAAAACAAAGGACUAUGUAAAACAUGCCCGCCACCUAAACUAUGUAUAACCUAAUCCAGAUGGCCAGACCUUACUUAAAGAGAGAAGACUAUAGCAAGACAGCUGCCAGUUACAAAGGAAGAGGGUCUAGUCAGGGUCUGGCAGAACUGCUGCAGGGGGUUGAAGGCCUGUUGCCUGGGUCUGAGCAUCAGAGCUAAAUGACCAACCUACCUUCAAGGAUCUUGUAUCGUGUUUGAGAGCUACACGUUCUAAUAUGGGAAGGAUUCUAGACGAUUCUGUCAAUGAGCUUAUAUGUGGAUGGUGCAACAAUUAGAAUAAAGCAUUUGUUUUGGGUCAGCAAGAAAACAUAUCCUAUUAAGCUUUGAUUGUUCUUCUGGCUUGUAUGGACUGACUGCUGAAUACUCUGUUUUCCUCCAUCAGAGGUAUGUUAGUACUAUGCCCCGUGCAUCAUUCUGCAAGUGUGCUUUGGGAUUCUUUCCUUCCUACCUUGCUUUCUUCCUUUUCUUCCUUUCAUCCUUCUUUCAUUAGGUUUCAUUAGGCAAUUACUAACCAGUAAGAACUUAUUAAGCACUUGUGAUUCAGGUAUUGUGACAGCUAAUAUUACUGUUCAGGUGUCAACUGUUAGAAAAAUAAUUUUUACACAAGGUGAGAACAUAGAAAGAGGCUCAACACUACCACAUGGAUUCAAGAAGCAUAAGGCACCUGAGCCAGUCCCAGAAGGUAAGACAAUGUUAGCUACUUAAAGGAAGCAGGGCCAUUUCCGAGAGUACCAACCAUGUGCAGAAGCAGAGCUGUGGAAGGUACAACUGACUCAAAGGAUGGACAGGGACAAGUGGUUAGAGUAAAGACACAAAUUGCAAAUAAGUUCUUAAGGCUCUACUACACUUCACAAACUUAAAUGUGGUACUGAGAAGAAUCACAAAGGACUAAGAAGUAACUAUUGUUCAGAUCCCUAGACAGGUGGUUACAGACAAGGACAAGCUGGCAGGAGUGCAGUUAUUUUUCUAGAGCAAUAAAAGGAAAUGGUUGAGGAGAGGAAGUGGAAAGAAAGGCUAAGAUGGUGGGGCAGAGGAAAAAAUGUGAAGAUAAAGAGCGGAGAUGAACUACGACAGCCUUGUCUGAGAAACAUGUCUGCAGCAGAACCGACCUCGAGGGUGAGAGAGAGGCGGGUGGAAGAGGAUGAGUCAUGCUUCCACCUUGGGAAACUGGUGCUGUGAUGAUGACAUAUUCCCAGACCACCCAGACCAACUGAGGAGUGUCAGGGUUGAGGGAAGAUGUUAGUGUAAGCAUGGACACACAUUGCAUUUCUGUGUCCCAGAACAUAAAUGUCACAGAAAACUAAAUAAACUAAAUUAAAACAGGAAGGUGAAAAAUAUGUCUUUAAUCUCAAGGCUAAACAGAUUGGAAAAUAUUAGCCUGUAGAUAUUUUAAAACAGGUGCAUUGAUGGGAUCAUUUAGAGUACGCAGAGGUAAGAGAAACAACAUGGAAUUCCAGCCUGAAAAGAUGCACAGAGAAAAAGGCAGACCGUAGAAAUCAAAGGGCUAAAACGUAAGAGGAGAUCAGAACCUACAGUUGGAGAGAGAAAGUCUGGAGACUGUCAGUAGAGCAGAAGCUGUCUGUGAUCAUUUGAGGCUCAUUUAACCUUUCUCUCUUAAUCCCAAAACAGAAAUAAUCGGGCUCAUGUAAAGGAUGAACCUGGCUGCUGGACACCUUAUAAUGAGAAACAAGCAUGUGGAGGCAAGGCACGAGCCGGCAUGUGCUGUUCUUCCUGAACUGGCUCAAGGACUCUGGGAGUUAGGUUCAACUCCUCCAUUUGCUCAAGCAUCUCAAUAUUCCUAUGACUGAAGGCUGAUGUUCCAGCUCUAGGCGCCUAGGAUUCACGGUUAUCUUUUCUCUGCUCAAAAAUCCUACGAUGCUUUAUCUAUUUGUUCUUGAUCCUACUGAUGCCUAGAAUUAUCUUCGCUUGCUUUGGGAUCCUAAGUAGCAUUAGUACGGCAUUUGGGAAGCUGCUUACAAGCAAAUGAAGAAUUGAGAGGUACAUAGUCCACCAUCUCUACCUACCACUGUUAUUUCCUAUGUGGGUCUUCAUCAAAGCAAGGGACCCUUUCUUCAAUGCAUGUUCUCAAUGUAUCAGGGCCUUGUUUAGGAAAUGAGGCUGCUGGAGUAAACAUACCUGAUAGUGUAUUUUCCCUGUGGGUUUCAGGUCUAAUGUAUAGGGCAGAAAUGUUUGUUAGUAAGUAGUUUGUUAGGCAUAGAAAAAAAAAAUUACACAGCCUAUGAGGAACAGGGAGCCUGAAAGGGGGUGUAAUUUUACAUCAUGUUGGGGUGAGGGGGCAGAGAGGCUAGUACUGAGUAAUGAACCUGAGCAGUAGUCAGAAUCCUCUAGAGAGCCAGGAAGGAUAGAGUAAACAUGGUUAAUAGAGGGGAUGGUUAGAUUGGCUUCCCUGAUAUGGGAUGGGUAGUUCAAUAAUGGCUGUUUGCUGUCUGGAGAUGCUGUGAACCUGGUAGUUAGCUGUUUGGUACACAAGGUGAGAUGCCAUCUCAGCAUGCCUAAUCUACUUGCUGAAGGUGAGAGAAUCCUGGAGAGUUGCUAGUCCCUGUGCUUGUGGGAAGUCUGAAGACACUGGGAUGGGGUUUGUGAAAGACAGUAGUCUCAUGGCGGGAGCAGGGCAGAUACAUGCACAAGCAUAGGGGGCAGGUGGAAAGCACCCUUCACAUCUCUAGAACUCUUUGUAUAUAGGACACUUCUAGAAGGUACUGCCUACUCUGGGAAAGGGUCUUUGCCCUCAUUUAAGCCUUCUAGGAAAUACUCUGCUAAGUUUGUCCAGAGCUCUGUCUCUUCAUUGAUUCCAGGUCCAAUCAAGUUGACAACCAAGAUUAAUCAUCACAAGCAGAGACUUAAAAUAAGUGAAAGAGAGGCUUAGAAAAGACGGAGUGAGCCUGUUGGUAUUAGGGGCUGAUACUCUAGACAAUGGAGACUGCGAGGUCAAUGAGCUAAGAGGACUUGGCCUGAUUUGUUUAAAAUAAUCACCCCAUUCUAGGUCAGGAGGAGGUAAGGGGAAUCAGGGGGAACCUUUGGUUAUUAAAAGCAUUCACUUAUUCUGAGAAAGUAUACUUAAUGGGAUUGACAUGAUGUUUUCCAUCUUGAAAAGGGCAUUUCGACUAAUGUUUACAGUGAGAUUAUAAUUUUAGAGUAUUGGGAAUAGUAUACACUGCAGCUCACUCCAUCACGUUCUUCCAACUGGAGACUUAGAAGAUGAGAAUACCGAUCUAGGGGAAAAAGAGUGGUGCCCUGGACCAGAUUGGUUGUGGUUGGAGUGUUCAGAGGUGAACUCUGGCAAUAGCUUAACAGUUGGAGAAGCAGUAAGUUCUGAUGAUUUAUACACGGUACAGAUUGGGACAUCAAGACUGGCUUCAAGGCUUUUGACCUGAGCAAAUGCAAUGGCAAUUUGAGGUGUCUCUGAGCCAUUCGCUUGGACAUUUAAAUAGGUACCAGUAAAAAGCAGAAGAGGGAGAGUAACCAAAGAGGAAGAACCAAAACUCAAGGGGCUUGGGUUUUGUUUUUCAAUGAUGGGAAGUGGUGACUGAUAUAUUUUGUGUACCUGGGAGUGUUUCCAAGUGAGCAGAGAGAUGAUGAUAAAAGGGAGGAAGACCUAUUGAAGCUAGGACUUGAAUAGGAGGGAGUAGGUGUGUCAGUGGAGGACCUGUCCUUAAGCAGGUAGCUAGGCCAUCCAUUGUAGCAAGUAGGAAAGUCAGGUGUCCAUGGACAAAGGCAGACCUCAGGUGACUGCCUUCCUUUCUCAGUGAAAGAAGCAGUCAGGUAUGCAGCUAAAGGUAAGACUAGGGGAGAAGUUCUGAUAAGAGGUUUAAGAUAGAAUAGAAAGUACGAUAAGGUCUUUUAUGACUGUGGCCUUUUGGAUUUUGUAUCAAUAUGUAUUUAUGGAUCUUAAGAAUUGUGAUUUGAACUCAUUUGGAUACAUUUAAGCUAAAAACAGAAUUCUUUGCACCCUCCAAGAAUAAGGAUUGCUUAAUAAUGUCUUUUAGUUGCACAAACAUAUGUGGGUUUGGGUGUAUAUAAAGUGGAAGCAAAAAUAUACAUUUUAGUGCUUGCCCAGGAUAGUGGGAGGGAACAAACGAACUGCUUAUUUUGACUUAGGUACAUCUGAGAUACCAAGAAGUACAAAUCAUAUUUAGCUAACAGAGAACAAGGAGUUAUCUACAUAUCUAAGAAGAUGGUGCUUAUAACAUCUAAUCUUAGUCUAGCCUGAAUCAACCCUUUAAUUAAUGGUCAUAGAGUAAACAUAUUUUCAGAUGAAAACAAGACCAUAAUAUAGACUCCUAAAAUCUGAGUUUGGAACCUAUUGUAAGGCUACAAGCCCUUCACUUCCAGUACCAGCACCCACCUACACGUUACAGGAAACCUUUCUCUCUGGACAUUUUCACACAUGAGAAGCUCAGCAACUCCAAAGCUUUAAAAGUCAGAAAAGAACUUCCCCUCCUGUGAAAAAUGGGGCCUUCAAAACCCUCUCCGAGGUGUUGAACUUGUGAGUAGAGGACAUGGCAGAUAGGAUUUAGGAUCUGUUGCAUGGAAAAUGAAGUUUGACCUCAUGAAUAAUGACAAACGGGAUGGCUCUUGUCCAGUUCAAGAGGGCUGUCAGUCCUUUGAAACAAAACCUUGCACUUAGAGCACUAAGCAGUCUUGUUUGUGUUCAAACACUGGUGCAGAAGGGCAUUGAGGAGAAUUUCAAUAAGGGCUCUCCCUUCUCUGUCCUGGGCAUAGACUGAGCUAGGGGGUGCUUACUGAAACUUUUUUCCAAUCAAAUACACUCUUACUUAAGAAAAAAAAAACACAACUACAUCUGUUCUUAAGACUUCGUUGGCCUUAGUUCCUUAUUGUAUGCUUUAUCCCUGUAAAAUAUAUUAAUACUAUCUAAAUCUUUGAGCUAGAAAUGGACAUUUGGGGAAAGGUUGAGACAGACUGGCAUGAAACUUCUGUUGACAUCAGCAAUUCUCCUGCCCCAUCCCCCCAAAUGCUUGGAUCACAGGCAUGGACCUCACUGACACUGAUAACUUAUUGAUAACUUUUAAUUCUAAUGUAUGCUGCCUUUUACAUAUUGUAAUUUAAAGGAAGCACUUUUCCAGAUCAAUAUCUACCUUGUUUGUUAAAUAUGCUAUUGAGAUUAACUUUUAAACAACAUUCUGCUUAUCAUGCUAAUUUCUGAAGUAAAUGAAUUUUAUAAAAUAUGUUUUUGGGAAACUUAGCUUAUUAAUCACACAUAGAUCUUAUAAAGUAUUUUCUUUUUGAAGUGCUGUUCUCUUUUUACUGAUUAUUUGACUUGCAUACUUUUGAAAUAAGAUGAGGAACCAAAUUCAACUGACAGGGGCUUCAGAAAGACAUCUACCUAACUUCCUUAAGAGACUAGUAAGUUACAACAUCAUUAGUCCAGUCUGAAUCAACUUUCUGCAAACUGUUGAGAUUUCAGUAGGUAUUUCUGGAAUCCAUUCAGUAAUUUCAGUUUUCUAAGCACCAGGAAAACUUAAAAAUAAAAACUAAGAACAUACAAUUCUUUAUUAUGUCGUGUGGAUCAGUUAUCAUUGGACUAAACAGUCAAGUGUGGUUUUCUCUGUGUAAAAUGUUCCUGUGGGGAGGAAUUACACUGGAUUAAGUCCCCAUCCAGCGCUCCUCUGUCUACAUGGAAAGCCUUUCCCCUUCCACUUUACAAGCCUCAACAAGUCCGCUGCUGAGUCACAAUCUCCUUUCCCCCCUGAUGUGAGAAAUCUUUCUCCCUUGAAAAUUAAUAAAGCUUCGGAAAUGUUCCGAUGAGAGUCUCCCGGGGGAAGGAAGCCAGAAAGAACUUGUAGAGGAGGAGUCCGGCACCCCUGGGUUGUGGUGACAGCGCACCCAGGGCUUGCAGCAGCGGGGCCAGGAGGAGCUGGUCUCAGAACCUACUCAGAGCUCUCCUGCGCGAGUAACCACGCAGAGCCCUGUCGGCUCCCAGACUUUGUUCCCCUUGCUGAAGUGGAAAUGUUUGCUGCAAAAGGCGCCGGUGUUUCGCGUUUUACUCUUAAAAAACAAACAAAAAAAAAUGCCUUCCAGCGGUGGCAAGGGUGGGUGACAGCACGCGCGGCUCGCACCCGACCACAGAGCAUGGGACCUUCUAGAGUCCUGCAAGCUUAGCGCCCUAGUCCUGCUAGCAGGUCUGGGACAGCGGCACUUCACGUGACCCCAGGGGCUGGGACAGGGCGGGGCCUGAGGAGGGGGCGCGUGCGACAGGGGACAGGAGGGGCGGUUGCCCAGGAACCGUCCGCAACGCCCGCGCGUGCUCGCCUCCGUGCGCACGCGCACGGUGCUCGAGACCCAUUAGCCGUCUCCCCAACUUCCACCGGCUUUUUUUUCACCCCCUUGGGCUCCAUUCAAGGUCCUGGACUGAGGGACGCGCCGCGCGCGCCCGCUGCCUCGCAGGGUCCACAACGCACGCUAAUGAGGGGCGGGGCGGGGCGAGGCCGGCGGCGGCGGCGGCGGCGCGCUCGCGCGUGCCAGGGCGCGCGACAAGGGGCGGCGCGAUUGUGAGGUGGCUGCUGACGCACGUUCCGGGGUUCUUAAGCGGCGAGGGCGGCGGCGGCCGAGGCAGCGGCGGUGGUGCCGGAGCCGGUUCCGGGAGGCGGCGGUGGCCUCCGUGAGGGGCGGCGGGGCCCCAAGUCGGUGCCCCGGCUCAGUCACAGUGUCCCUUUCCCAUUGACCCCAUCCUUCCACCACGGCCGCGCCGCCACGGCUCCCGGGGCUUUCUAGGCGGGGCAGGGGACGGGGUGCGUCUCCUGCCGCGGCCGCCGGCCUGAUAAAUGCGGGACUUCGGGUUCGGGGUGCUGCACACUGCCCUGCUGCGCAGCGGCAGCCCACGAUCCUCGCCCGGCGGCAGCGCCUACCGGCCCUUCGCCGCCGGGCCGCCCGCCACGCCCUUCGGCCCGCUGUCGCCGCCGCCGUUGCCUGUCACCGGCUUCUCCGAGGCCGCCUCCCCCUUCGCCAUCCCCUCGGGCGGCGGCGCGGCCAGCUCAGCCGCAGCUUCCUCUUCCUCCCCGCUCGUGGCGCAUCCCCAGGCCGUGCAGGAUGAGCUACUGCUCGGGCUGACACAGCAGCCGACGAGGCCGCUCUCGGGGGCGGCGGCCGCAGAGCAGCUCCCCAGCCACCACCCCGGCGGCGGCACGAACGCGGGUGUGACCCACCUCCUCCCCUCCCAGGACUUCAAACCGAGUCUGCACCACCCCUCCUCCUCCUCCGCCUCCUCCUGCUGCUGCUGCCGCACCUCCUCCCCGCAGGACUUCAGUAAGCGGCAGCAGCAGCAGCUGAGCAGCCAGAAGAGGAAAGAGUUGAGCCCGCCACACCGUCCCCACCCUCCGGACGCGAAGCCGCCGCCGCCGCCGCCGCCGCUCCACUGCCCCGGCCGCUUCAGCCCAACACCGCCAACGCCGCCACCACCGCCCGGGCCGCUCCUGCAGUCGGCGCCGCUCGCCCAGCGCUCUCAGCCGUUCAGCCUCCCGCACACGCAGCACCUCCCGCCGCAGGACUUCGCCCAGCGGCAGCGCCCGGUCGACCUGCCCCAGCUCCCGCAGCUCCCGCCCUCGCCGCCCGCAGCUCCGCGGCGCCGCCACGGAGGCGCGGGAAGCCCUCGCCAGACCCCGGCCGCGGGCGAGGGCAGCGCCGCCGAGCCCCCCAAUGCGGGCUUGCCCCCCUCGACGCCGCCGGUGAACCCCGCGCCGGGCUCCAUGGAGUCGCCCAACCACCCUCUGCUCAACAGCCCCAGCACCCUCCUGCCCGGCGCGGCGCUCGGCACCAGCGCCUUCAGCAGCCUGCAGAGCCCGGACCUGCCGCACCCCGGCGGCGGCGGGGGCGGGGGACCCCCCGGAGGGGGAGGCGGCUCCGCGUCUCCCCCACCGCUGCCCGGCUUCGGCACCCCCUGGUCGGUGCAGACCGCGUCGCCGCCGCCGCCCCAGCCUCCGCCGGCGACCCAGCAGCAGCCACCCCAGCAGCCGCAGCCGCCCCAGCAGCCGCCGCAACCACAGCCCCCGGGCUCCUCGGCUGCCACCCCGGGCAGCGGCGGCGGCGCGGGCGGCUCUCUGAGCGCCAUGCCGCCGCCCAGCCCGGACUCGGAGAACGGCUUCUACCCCGGGCUGCCAUCGUCCAUGAACCCGGCCUUCUUCCCGAGCUUCUCGCCGGUGUCGCCGCACGGCUGCGCGGGGCUCAGCGUGCCGGCCGGCGGUGGCGGCGGCGGCGGCGGCUUCGGCGGCCCGUUCUCUGCUCCCACGGUGCCCGCGCCGCCCGCCAUGAAUUUACCUCAACAGCAGCCGCCGGCGGCGGCGCCGCAGCAGCCGCAGAGCCGGAGGUCACCCGUCAGCCCGCAGCUGCAGCAGCAGCACCAGGCUGCCGCAGCCGCCUUCCUGCAGCAGAGGAACUCGUACAACCACCACCAGCCUCUUCUGAAACAGUCUCCUUGGAGCAACCAUCAGAACAGCGGUUGGGGCACUGCGAGCAUGUCCUGGGGAGCAAUGCACGGCAGAGAUCACCGCAGGAGCGGCAACAUGGGGAUCCCAGGGACUAUGAAUCAGAUAUCUCCGCUGAAGAAGCCGUUCUCGGGUAAUGUUAUAGCACCACCGAAAUUCACUCGCUCUACUCCAUCACUGACUCCAAAAUCUUGGAUUGAAGAUAAUGUGUUCAGGACAGACAACAAUAGUAACACACUCUUACCCUUACAGGUAAGAAUGGUGAGAUCUAGUUUGCAGUUGCCAGCUUGGGGCUCAGAUUCACUCCAAGAUAGUUGGUGCACUGCAGCCGGAACAUCCAGAAUAGACCAGGAUCGAAGUAGAAUGUAUGAUAGCUUGAAUAUGCACUCUCUGGAAAAUUCCCUUAUUGAUAUCAUGAGAGCAGAGCACGAUCCUCUCAAGGGUCGUCUGAGCUAUCCACAUCCAGGAACCGACAAUCUGUUAAUGUUAAAUGGUCGCUCUUCCCUAUUUCCAAUAGAUGAUAGCUUGUUGGAUGAUGGUCACAGUGAUCAAGUUGGUGUUUUAAAUUCACCAACAUGUUAUUCAGCUCAUCAAAAUGGAGAACGAAUUGAACGCUUCUCUCGAAAAGUUUUUGUUGGUGGGCUUCCUCCGGAUAUUGAUGAAGAUGAGAUCACUGCCAGCUUCCGAAGAUUUGGACCUUUGGUAGUAGAUUGGCCCCACAAAGCAGAAAGUAAAUCCUAUUUUCCACCAAAAGGCUAUGCAUUCCUCCUCUUUCAAGAAGAGAGCUCAGUCCAGGCACUCAUUGACGCUUGCAUUGAAGAAGAUGGAAAGCUCUACUUGUGUGUUUCCAGCCCUACUAUCAAAGACAAACCUGUUCAAAUCCGUCCUUGGAAUUUAAGUGAUAGUGAUUUCGUCAUGGAUGGUUCUCAGCCUUUGGAUCCCCGAAAAACAAUUUUUGUUGGAGGUGUUCCUAGGCCACUAAGGGCUGUGGAACUUGCUAUGAUCAUGGACCGGCUGUAUGGUGGUGUGUGUUACGCAGGAAUUGAUACAGAUCCAGAACUCAAAUACCCAAAAGGUGCUGGGCGAGUCGCUUUCUCCAAUCAGCAGAGCUACAUUGCUGCCAUCAGUGCUCGAUUUGUUCAGCUUCAGCACGGUGACAUUGAUAAACGUGUGGAGGUGAAGCCAUAUGUGCUAGAUGACCAGAUGUGUGACGAGUGCCAGGGUGCACGCUGUGGUGGGAAAUUUGCCCCCUUUUUCUGUGCCAAUGUCACCUGCCUGCAGUAUUACUGUGAGUUUUGUUGGGCAAAUAUCCACUCUCGUGCAGGACGCGAGUUCCAUAAGCCAUUGGUGAAGGAAGGUGCUGAUCGCCCACGUCAGAUCCACUUCCGCUGGAACUAAGUAUAGCCAACUGGCCUCGGUCUAGGAAGGAAGGAAAGGGUGCAUGUGGCUUACUGUGCUGAAGACACUGACGUGCAGAAGAAAUAAGUGCAUUCUCCUGCUGCUCACCCAGCUCUCGAUACAUGCAUCGUUAUCAGCAGCCAAAACACUACAAGCCUCUUGUUUUUCACCAAAACCCUACAUCUCAGGCUUACUAAUUUUUGUGAUAUUUUCAUGUUAAAAUAAAAUGUUUUUUUGUAUUUUCUCCAAGUUAUUUUUAUAUGUAAAGUUAAAAUUAGAUAUGAGAAUGUUUUGCGUAGGGGCAACACAGUCUGCUGCUAUAUAGUGGGUGAAGCGUGCACUUAUUUCUUAACAUGGGUUUUUAACUUCAAGAUCUGCCCCAGUACUUUACCAAAGGUAGCAAAAUAAUAGUGAAGAUGGAAUAUGUCUGCUACAAAUGCUUAUUUUUAUUGUUGCUGUUUUCAGUGUGUACAUAAACUAAAAAUUAGGGUUGAUUUUGUUGCUCUCCAUUUUGACUUGCAAGAAAUAAUACCUCAAGAUAAUCUGAUUUAUUAGCUAUUUUUAAACAUUUUUAAUCACAAGCUGUAUUAGCUUUGCUGCUAUAUAGGUGUUAUGUGUAAAUGUCACCUAUUAAUACGGGAUUGAAAACGUUAGAGACACACUGCAUUGCGGAUGAAAUGCAGGCAGCACAAUAUGGCCGGAACUGCCAUAGUUUAGAAUGUGAAACAAUGCAUGUUUACUUACCUGUGUCCACCAUAUGCAUGCACUCGGACAUUAACUAACGAGGUGAGGUAUUGCAGAUGUUCAAAAAGCUCUCUUGAAUCUAGGUAGCAUGAACAAAUUAGAAAAUUUGUUUCUUUACAAAAAAGCAAACUUGCAUGCAUUAUUGUGACUUCAAGUUAAAAAUGUUGUCCUACAUGUGUACAAUAUGCAAAUUAGUUUUAGAUUAGAGAGUGCAGCCAUUUUGUGAUCUGGUCAGUAGUGGAAUUCGAUUUUAUGCAGACUGGAUGUAAUAUUUGUAAUCCCUGUGCAAUUUUGUGAUGUGCGGUUCUAAUUCAUGUGCAGUGAUAUAGUAUAGAUAAAAGAUUGAAUAAAAGAAAAACACAGGAAUUUUAAAGAAAGUUGAUUUUAGCCCCUUUGAUAGUUCAUGGUUAAGACAUCCUUUAAAAACCAAAGAUGGCCAGCACACUGCUAACCAGUCACCGAAUGUGAGACCCAUGAAAAGACCAUACUUUAAAAGAGGAUUUUAUAGAAGAACACAGAACUUUAGUGAAGUCAAAAUGGAGAUGGGAAAAUAUAAUAGAUGGCUAGUUGCAUAAAAUUUACCUUUGAUGGUGAAAUCUGGCUUAAAUUUGCUUACAUGUUUGACCUAUGUCUAUGGGGUCUUCUGUCUAAACUGGGGUCACUGUUGCAUGGAGCAUUGUUAUUCUUAAUGGUUAAGAAUUGCUUUUUUAAAACUUUGAUGAAGGAAUUUCAGUAAUGACUUUGCUUGCAUCUUUUCUUUUUUCUUUAUUGAGGGAGUUGCGUGGAAACAUGCACGGUUCUGACCUAGAACAUCGUUCGUUCGUGGUGGUUUUCCUCUUUAGAGCAUCCUAACAGCAGCUAGCCGCUGUGUUAAUAAUGUAGGAGUUACCCUGCAGUCUAAGCAAAGCACCCCACAUGGUAAAUGUUGGUUUUUGUUGUUGUUGUUAUUGUUGUUUAUUUUUUUAAAUGCAGAACUAAGAUUUUUGACUCUAAAGAGAGAAAAUUGCAAGGGUAUGGCCCGUGCAGCAAACCCUUGGGACAAUCCUUCACAUGAGCAAAGUACUGAUCUCAACAUUGGUUGUCGAUGGUAUGCUUUUUUGUACUGUAAAAAUGCGUGGUUCAUGUCUAACUCUGCUGUUUUAUUGUGGUUGUGGCUCAAGUUUUUAGUGUUUGACGUUGAUGCUGUUUUCAGAGGAGCUCUUUACUAAUUUAUUUGUCCGUAUCCCAACCUCUUCCUCCCCGUGGCCCUCCAGAGUUUCUGGAGCAUUCUUUUCACCCUCGCCCUGCCAACCCUUGAUCCAUUUUGACAUUUGUUGUGCACUAUUUUUAUAUCUCUGUGAGCGAUUUUUCCAGCAGUCAGCUAUUUUAUGGCAUACUUUUUUUCACUGAUGACAUCUCCUUUGCUAUACCUCAAUUUUUGGAA